AUGGACACCUCGCGGUAUAUACAGUCGUGUAAUCCAGCACGUUUUAUUGUUACUUUUUCUCUAUUGAUCUUUUCAAUUUUAUUUGCCUUACAACUUGAUGGAAUUAUUAAAAUUAAUUAUUGGCUUAUUUUCUUGCCAUUAUUUAUAUGGAAAAUGCUUGUCGUCUUUGGUGCCUGUACAGGCGUCUUUUGUUGGUGUAAAAAUGGCGAAAGAAAUAGGAUUAUUCGUGCACCAGAUAAUGAUUGUCGAGCAUUAAUUAUUUAUUUUUUUCUUCAUAUAUUUAUACUUAUAUUUGAAAUAUUGACAUGUGACAAAUUAGAAAAUAAAUUAGAAACUCGUUGGAUUGUAUGUUGUAUUCCAUUAUAUCUAUGUACAUUUCUAACUUUUUUAUCAUGUUUAUGGUCAUUAAAAGUACAAAGAAAUUUUCUCAUACAAGCCUUUAUCUCAGCUAAUGGACUUUUCUUUUUGUUUUUUCCACUUCGUUUAGAUUCUGCAAUAACAUGGCGAUAUGUUAUUGUCUUUAUUCCAUUAUGGGUUUCUUUAUGUAUUGCCUUAUUAUUUGUUAUUUCAAAAUUAAUUCUUGCUAUUGUUCAUCGUUGUUCUCGUCGUUUAAUACCUAAUCAACGUGAAUCGAGUACUAUAACAGAAGCAAUUAUCUAUGCAAUUAUGUUCAUUCCAUUUAGCAUUUUUGCGAUUUUACUAGUCGAUCGACUUGAUCAUGAAGACAAUGAACAAAUUCAAAAAGUCUCCUUCACUGUGAUAUCUAUUCCAUUAUGGAUUGCUUUAAUAGCUUGGUUAAUAUUUUCAUUUGGCGCUACCGAUAGCAAUCCAUGGUGGUUUGGCCUUCGACGUGAUCUAUGUGAGAUUCUCCUUGGUCAAUGUCCAUAUAUAACACUUUAUUUUAAUAAUAAAUUUAAAUUUGAACCACGUCCAUCAACAACAGUACCAACAAAUGAUAUAAUUAUUGAUAUACCAACAUCGAAUGGUAACAAAAACUUUGGAUCUAUGAAUAUGAAGAAAUUAUUAACAGCAAAUAUAAAUAAUGAAAAAAAUCGUAGUAUACAAUCUAAUUUGAUGUCACUAUUGGAGCCUGAUUAA